AGCACAAGGAAAAACCCGUCAGCCAUGAAUUCUGGUCCUGUGAAUCCAAUUCCGACAAGAGAGGAAGAGGUGAAUCGAUUCAUGGAGUUACGAGAGAUCUUAGAGAAAUUGUUCAAGUGGUUGUUUGGAGUUACAGUUUUCAUAGCCACGCCAAAGGGAGAAGCUUUAGUAACAGAACACCCCAAUCUGAUGACGGUUAUGGUUUUCAUGAUUGUGCUCUACUUCUUAAUGUGGCUGCUGGGAACAAUGCUUCCAGACAACUUCAUGAUAAUCUUAGUCUGCAUCAUGGUGGUGAUUGCAAGUGUUUCUUCAGUUUUGGUUUUGACCACUAUACCUAUACCUUCACUCCUUCUUUGGCUUAGUGUCAUGGGUUGGGUUGGUGUUUUGGCUUUGAUUGUUUAUGUCUGUUACCAAGAGCUCUAUAGUUUGGUUGUGCGAGCAAUUUUGGGUUGUGUCAAGAAUUUGAUUGAUGGUUACAGGAUGCAGGGUUCGAGGUUGCCAGUCUAGGAAGAAGAUGGUCUUCAUUUUCAUGGUUGUAGGUUACCAGCAUACCUUUGACACUUUUUAUGAUAGUUUCUCAAAUACUAUGUUGGAGUUGCAGCGAUUUUUGUUGUUGUUGUUUGCA